CUUGAGCAGAGGGAUGAAGAGGAGCACGAUGGGAAGGGAGCCCUGGUGGGUGACGUGACCUUCAGCCAGAAGGUGUCGUUUGGGGAGGGAGAGUUCUCACAGCUCAUGCCUGGGAGUCCACGCAGUUCUGCUGGAGAUAGGUCCAACAACAGCCGUACUGAACAGACCAACACUAGUCAACAGGCUGAAGGGACUCCUUUUGACCAUGUGAUUGUCAGCAAGUGUAAGCAACUGCCAGGUGAAGUUGGAGAGCCCAGCCCUGUGUACAUAGAUGAGAACGGGCAGGGUGUGACAGACCUGGCCUUCCAUCCUGACAACCCGUUUGACGACAUGGCACAGGAGGGGCUGGAAGGGGAGUUCGGAGAACAAGACUUUGUUGCUGCAGAAGAUGCAAAAGACAUGCUAGCUGAAGACGAAGCAAAAUUCGAAAAGGACAACGUUUUUACACAGGGAGACGCCAUGGCCACCCCGGCCGGAUCUGUCGGCCCGGGGGAGUGGUCGGUGCCCACGGGGUCACAGUUCGUGGUGGUCCAGGACAGCUUCUCUGGAGAGGAACCCUUCCUGAGAAUCUCCAUCGGAACCUUCAUCGGACAGAGAACUGAGGCCCUCGGGUCACUUGGGGAUAAUGGAGGCAUAGAAAGGCCACAUUUUGGCCGGACGAUAGUGACCCCUCCAUCAAACCGGAUGCCCGUAGCCCUGAUCAGGCUGAGCGAAGUCAGUCAGGACCAGGGGCCCAAACUGGUGGAACUCCUGGAGGAUGGAGGUCAGGAGGUCGGAGCAGGGGAUGCUGGGAUGGGGAUGGGGGAGGAGCUCGACUCUACCAUUCGGUUUUCCGGCGUGGGGGACUAUGCUCCAGAAGAAAAUGACUCCCUGUACCUCCAUGACGAAACCCUCACGCCUGGCUACCACCCUGAAGACGAGACUCCCUACCCGGAGCGCGCUCGGGCGCAGCCACGUAUACAACUGGUCAACGACGACACUAUCGUCAUAGAAACGACCCAGGAAGCGAUCGGACAGUCGCAGGACGCGUCAGCAGAUGCGCUGAGGGGUUGUCGCGCUGCGGACAAGACCACACCACAUCUACCCAAAACUAAAGUUGCCGCAGACAAGAAAGGACAGAAAGCAGACUAUGUGGGGCCAGCUGCAGAGCAAAGAAGGACCCAGCAGGCUAAGAAAGGAGUCAGCAACAGUGAACAAAAGAUACAAAGUGCCAAACCUGCUUACGACAAGGCUACUAAAGAUGAGAAACUUCGCCCAAAACCUGACCCAGACAGUUUAAUGCACGACAGCGUUGCAGGUCAAAGUAAAGACCUAAGAGCAGACGAUGUAAGUAUCAGUGAUAAGACCAUGGAUGCCAGCUGUGCAGGCCCGAACAUUAGCAGCAUCGCCUCUGCCAUCGUGAAUGCCUCUGUCAGCGACGAUCCAACAAAGUUAGCCGACAUGAUCUUGAAACUGUCUGAGAAGACGAGCAAAAGCAGAGAUAGGAAAAAGGCACCCAAACAGGCCUCUUCAGGGAAGCCUGUCGGCCUUGGACAUAACAAAGUUCCAGGUAGUCUAGUGGCAAAGGAGCAAGAACCUGUGAAAGGUCCUGUGUACAAAUCAGGUAGUGCUGACGUUAGACCACCAGCGAAACAUCUUCCUGUAAGCAAUGCAAACAAAGUGAACGAAAAAGGGGAAAAGGAAACAGCAAAAGAACUCCCUGUCAAGAAGCAGUCUGGUCUCGUGGGACUGUCGAAUGACAAGAGAAAUGACAGCAGUAUGGCGUUAUCUGACACGUCAAAGCUUGGCUCUCCAACCAAACUCAAGAGCAGGAUUCCCGUGAAGCAGAGGGAUGCUUCCAAAAUCAAGUCUCCUACAAAGGUGUCUUUCCUGGACCGAUCAGAAAAUGCUGACGACGGUACUGGAAGUAGAGUACAAAAGCUGGACCGGCCUGUUGAUGAUUCAUUUGGAACUGCUGGUAAGAAAGGCAGCCGCUCUUACAAGCUGGAGGGAGAUCAGGAAUUUGAGGGGUUUGGUCAACCAAGCAAGGACACGAGUGUGCAGAAAUCUUCCACUACGGAUGCGCCUGCGUUCUCAGAUCCUGUCCGAGGCAUUCCAGGAGAAGGCAAACAUUCUAGGACAGCAGUUAUACCGGGAAAGGAUGGUUCGACAAAGGAAUUUUUCCAGACAAGGGACAGCAGGUUGAAGGUGGACCACAACGGCAGACCAAAAACGCAAGACAAAAGUGUGGAUAGUGGGACAGUUAAAGACGAGUGGGAAACCAUGGAACCCAUCUUCCGUACACGCGAGCACAGUCCUAGUAGAAAAACUGGCACACAGUAUCCACCAAAGGACAAACCGUCCAAAAGUGGACAGGAAAACAUGCUAAACAACCUGAGUUUCAGCAUCAAUUCUAACUACGAUGUUGACAUCAAGUACAACUUUGACGUUGGGAAAGAGGAUGUAACUGUAGAGGGGUGGCCAUCGAGAAGCAAGGACAAAACGUCAGGGCCUCGAACCCUGUUCAGAGAGCGUUCACCUAUCAGGGACAGAUCUCCCAUUAAAUCUCCGAGAAGGAGCACCUCACCCGGCUUUGAUACGUCAAAGGAGUAUGGCCACGGGAAGAGACAUGGCCACCAUGGCAAAGGCAAGAGAUCACACAGUCCAAAGAGUGACUUCCGUAACACAUAUCCGGAUGCCAGACCAGACCAUGGCUCAAAUCUUCAACACGAGCCUAGAAAAUCAUCCACUGAAGUGCCAAAGAAGCAUGACAUGCCAUCAGAAGUCAAAGACAGGCAGAGUAGAAGCAGUAGUAGUAGGGCAAAAACAAAUGGAGUUGAUUUUGAAACGGCUGCUCCAAUCCGUAAACCAAAGAAGGAGGUUAAGCUCCAUAAAUGCAUUCUGCCUGGAAUAGAAAUUGAGCCAGAACCAGUCGUGUCAAGAAAAACGAACGGCAGUCAACGGGAAGCUCAAAAAUCGUCGCCAAAAGCUGAAGCAGACAUGGAAAGACACAGGAAGAAAGACACCAGCAAAGUCCAACCUAGUAUAACAAAGAAAACUCAGGCUGACAAGAAAGAGUCUCAAAGAAGGACGAAGGAGUUCGAAGUCUCUCUGAACGUCCCGCCUGGUGUAACAACUGCCAACGAUGAUAACAUCCUGUCCCCCAAAGCCGAGGACUUGGAACUGCAUCUGAAGAUGGCAAACCUGAGAACACGAGGAGACAAAACCUCCCCGACAAGAUCCACCAGUCUGGGGGCUCCCCUUUCUCCAACAAGACCCCCCGUUUCGCCCACUAGGGACUCCAUCGCAUCUGUCCAUUCAACGAUCCAGCCAUCGGCAAGCUCCACGCCCCAAUCCCCAUCCUCACCGGGUAAAACUCGUUCACGGAUCGAGCUCAGUCAGACCUUUGGCGACUCCACGACAUUCAACUUCUCCCCGGACGAUACAGUGUCUUCCUUAUCCUCCACCCUCAGCCACGUGUCCCCUACACCCGGAAGGGCCGAGGCAUCCGUUUUAAGCGUACAAGACACUCCCAUGGAGACCCUUCACACGAGAAUGUCGACAGAGGGCCCUUCCGUGAGCGGUGCCCCCUCCCCAGGCCGGCCGAUGAUCACCCCCUUUCAGGCGUAUCCACCAUCCGGUCCUGCUGCAACUGCCGCUACCAGCACCACUCCUACACUCCUGACCAGUCGCUCCCUCUUCACCAACCCGGUUGCUGUGCAGUACCUUCAGUCUAGGCCGGGCAGUGGGAUGGGUGGUCACACCACGAGCGUACCAGGGAUGGGCGGUCACACCACCACCGGUCACACCACCACUGUACCAGGGAUGGGCGGUCACACCACGACUGUACCAGGGAUGGGCGGUCACACCACGACCGUACCAGGGAUGGGCGGUCACGCCACGAUGGUACCAGGGAUGGGCGGUCACACCACUGUACCAGGGAUGGGUGGUCACACCACCACCGUACCAGCCUCUGGCCUCCAGCAACCAUACACCUACCCGCCUCAGCCGGUGCCACCCUAUCAUGGGAUGUACCCACCCACCGGUUCUCUCCAUCCAUCCGUAGCCUACCCACCGAAUAUACAGCAGUACCAGCCUUACACUGAAGGUAUGGCAGCCCCUGCUUACCCUCCCACCUCCCAGUACCAGGCCCACCCGAGUGUGCGUGUACCGUACGGGGUGGUACCACCUGUGGGAAUGGGGAUCCCUGGUCCCCCUCCCAGCAGUCUGGGCAACGAGGAUCUACAACAGGGCAUGGUGACACGUCCAGGAGCUCAGAGCAGGACAUCAGCAGGAUCCAGAGCGUCGACAACCCCGACAGAAGACGUGAGUUACCGUGUGAUUGCCCCAGCUGAAGUCAGGUUCCCUGGUGUGUGCUGUGUAGGGAUCAGUAUCCAGGCCCUCCUGCCCCUCCAUAACCCCACCAGCCGCUGGCUACAGUGUGCGCUGCACGUCCUCUCUAUCAACGCAAAUGGGGAGCAACAGAUGAUGCCAGGAGCUGAGAACAUCUUCCACCUGAAGCAGAAGACCAUUAUCGGCCCACACACAACAGAAGAGAUAAAGGUGCUGUUCACACCCCACCACCCGGGUGUGUAUGUGGCCCAGGUACAGGUCAGUUCCUGUCUGGUCUUGGCUAACUCGGAGGACGCAGCAGUCAUCGACCACAUGCCUUCUAUGGUCAACAUACAGGCCAUUGCUGAGAAACCAUUCAUACAGGUGACGGCAGGAGAGUCAGAUACUCUAAACUUCGGUGACCUGCCAAGCGGCAGCACGGUUUGUCUGCCGAUCAAACUGACCAAUCACACGAGAGCUAACGUGCCUGUUCGUCUCAUCCUGUCCUCAACAUCUGCUAUGUGGCACUGCUUCUCCUUUAAAGACAGCAGGAGAGAGAGUGGAAGGUCUCUUCCUGAAAGCACAACUGUGUACCACUGCACCUUACAGGGCAAGUCUGAACAACAGUUAUCUGAUCCAGCUAUCGUGAUGGUGCAGUUCCGGGCCCCAGAAAAACAACUCAACACCUCAGGUGCAUUGGGACCACCAGACGACUACACAGGCAGGGUAGACAUAGAGAUGGACACCCCAGGGAACACCAGUGUCAUAGCCAGCGUACCCAUGAAGGCUCGAGUGGGGGUGGCCAGAAUACACACGCCCAGGACUCUACAGGCCCUUGUCCUGACGACCAGUAUUGGCACCUCCAUCAGUCGCAGUGUUCCGCUGAAGAACGCCGGGAACAUCCCCGUCACGGUCGACCUGUCCGUCACGAAGGAGCAGGACGUCUUCACCCUCCUCCCCGCCACCCUGACCCUUCACCCGGGUCAACAGUCAGAGGUCACGGUCAGGUUUGCGCCCAAGGUGGCGCCCCACGCGGUCAGCAGCCUGCUGACGAUGUGUGUGAGGCCGGCAGGGCCGCAGUACGAGGUUUUACUCAGGGGGGAGUGUGUGAAGCUGGAGAAGAAGCCUCACUCUGCAGCAGAGGCUCCGCCGGUCCUGUCUAACAAACAGUUCCUGUCCUGGGGAGGCGUGCCCAUGGGGAGAGCACUGCAGCAGAAGCUGGUGUUGAGGAACAGCUCACAGACACAGACUCUGAAACUGGAGCUGACCAUCAGGGAUGACGGCAACGGUUGUUUCCAGCUGCAGAGUUCGUUCAUGGAGCAUGAGCAGUUGUCCAGCUCCAGACAGAUCAUUCUGAAGCCGCUGGAGGACUUCCCGGUCCAUCUCAUCUUCGCUCCCACCAGAGUCGCCACCAUGCAGGCCAAACUGGUCAUCAAACCUCCCAAGGGAAACACCAAGUUCACAAUCCCACUGUCUGGCUAUGGUGGCACCUGUAACCUAACAGUGGAGGGUCUGAGGGCAGUGUCUGACAUGUACAUAGCAAACUUAGGAGAGGUGUCGGUGGGGAAGAAGAGCACAAUUGACAUCCCUGUACGGAACACUGGCUCGAGGGCUGCCUUUGUAAAAGCCAUGUGCUUUGGAGAUCUGUCAGCUAGAACCCAGCUUCCAGCUAACAGAGUCAGGGUUGAGCCAAGCGAGUUUGUUCUAAGGGAGAGAACAACAAAGGUGAUAUCAGUGGUGUUCCACAUCUCAGAGAAGGAAGAGGCUAUCUGUGCUGAGAGAGCGGACACCAUCGGAACACUCGGCCUCUUCUACGGAGACGAAAUCAGCAGGAAACAGCUCAGAAGAGCCCUUCGCAAAGGAUCUUCAGAGAGAGGGUUACUGGCUGAUACCAACCCACUGAAGGGAGUCAACUUCGACAUGGAAUAUCUAGGAGAAGAGCAGGCCCAGGAAGUGUAUGAUCUUCCCGAGCGACCCAACGACAUCCGACUGUUUUACUCGUGCAUGUCGCGGCUGAUGAUUUCGCUCGUCGGCAGACCGCCUUCCUCGAACACCGAGGAGCCGAGACGAGCCUCGUCGGUGGACAGCUCUGUCGUGGAACGGAUGGCAGCGCAGAGGAGACCUCCAGAACCACAGCAGAAACUGACAAAUUCUCCACCUGUAAAAGGCACACCCGUCACAAAAGCAUUUGUCACUGACAAACCCAAGAAAGACGAAGCAGAUCAGACGACGAUUUCCUCCAAAUCCUGGAGCGUCCAGCCUGAACAGCUAAUGCUGCUGGCACCUGGUACUGGUGGAGACUUGGACACUGCACAAGUACAGGUUCUAAACCACACCGAUAGAGUCAUGAGUUUUGAGCUGUCCUGGCCUGGCCAUUGUUUGACAGUUACACCACAGCAUGGUAAAGUUGAUGCAAGGAGCCAUCAGGUGAUCCUGGUGAGCCCUAACCCAGCGACGCAGGGCAAGGCAGACAUCUUUCCCUGGAGGGGGAACCUCUUCAUACACUGUGACAACGGACAGAAGGCUGUGAAAAUCCAGAUCCGGGAAGACCUGGCCCUGGAAAAGUCGACCUUCACGUCGGGAGUGACACAGCUGCAGCCUCUGGUGAACCAGGAUGCCACACCUCACGUCACUCCUGCUGCAGGGACACAUGAGGAGAAGUCUCCAACUGCUGAGGUGUCCGUCGCAAGUAAAGUGCUGAAGUUCCCACCAACCAGGAAGGGGGAGACUGCAGAAAGUUGUCUGGACUUCAGAAAUUCUUCAGAGAAAGAGAUGAAGUGGGAGUUGACAUCAUUUGCUCCUGCUUAUGUCAAGGGUGUAGAUGACACAAACGACAUAUUCCGUGCGACGUACACAGUGUUCAGAUUCGCUCGGAUCAGCGGAACACUUGGUGGAACGGAGAGAAUACAGAUCCCUGUGACUUUUAUUCCGAGGGAGAUCGGCAGCUAUUCCCAGUUCUGGGAUCUACAGACUGAGGUUAGAGGGAUGUCUGGAGGCCCUGCACAGACCACUAGGAUCCAGCUGAUAGCACAGGGAAAAGAAAGUGCUGACUCAUCAGAUGACAGUCUUCCCAGGAACCAACAGAGGUCCAGAAAGAUAUCUGGAAAUAACCUGUCCACCACUACAAGUGCAAGGAAUGGAGGUGCUGAGAGUGCCAAGAACGGGCUGGUGGUUCCCUGUGACAGGUAUGUGUUCCCCGUCACCGUAGUGGACCAGUCCAGCACAGAAAAAGUCCUCAUCAAGAAUGACAGUGCCACCCCUGUCUCGGUAAAGUUUGUGAGUCCUCGGUCUCCCUUCAAAGUCAAUCACCACAAGUACACACUGAAGGGAAAGUACUACGUCCAGCUGCCUGUCCACUUCAAGCCGACCCAGCCGGGGAAGUACGAGUCUCUCCUGGUCAUCCAGAGUGAACUGAAGGGGAGUUUUGCUGUCCAGCUUGUGGGAGAAGCCACCAGGUGACCAUGCAACAGGCACAACUUUCCACUUCUUCAAGUUCGGUUCAGUUCUUGAUUCUUCAUGAAUAGACAAUACGGGUGUACAGAAUGAACACGUCAAAUGUUUGUAUUGAUUAAUAUACUGACAUGAACUGAAGGAGAGCUUCGCUGUCCAGCUUGUGGGAGAAGCCACCAGGUGACAACACAACAGGCACAACUUCCCACAGAUUCUUCAAGUAUAUAUUACUCAAACGAGACAAUUGUAGACUAUUUGUAAAGAAAUAGACAACUGCAGCAAACUGAAAGGGAAGAUUUGCUGUCCAGCUUGUAUAGGGGAACACACCAGGUGACAACGCAAUGUACAGGCACAACUUCCAAUAUAGACUCUUCAAGUUCGGAUCAGUUCUUGCUUCUUCAAAAGUAGACAAUGCAGCACUGGUGUACAGAAUGAGCAACUGUUUCCAGUAUUUAUCAAUCUGACAAUUAUGAAUGGAGAAAUGUUAGUAUAAAAUUUUGUAUUAUCCUGAUAUUGAAAUUGUUGCUGCUGCUUACUUUGAAAACAUAGGAGUGCUAUGACACUGUAAAAAUGUUGCAAACCAAGAAGAAAUAAAACCUAGUAUAUUAAUAGUAUUAUCAAUUAAAUUUCUUGCACAAGUGUAUGUCUUCGUUUAGCAGUAAUUCACAGUCAAAGAGUUGUGAACUGUAAUAAAUUCUGACUGUCACAAUAGUUUUCCCUCAUAGAUAACUACAGAUAUUGGAUACACUUAGGAGACACAUAAGGCUGAUAUUAUCUUUGAUUUAUGUUUUAUCAAAUCACUAUCAUAACAACAAUUAUUGCAUACAGUUAACAACAAACUCCAAAACCAUUCAUAUAUAUGCAUCCAGUACAAAACCACCCUAAACACAAGAAAACUAAUGAAAAGUCAUAGGGGGCAUGUCAUGAUCAUUUUGUUGUCCUAUCAAUGAAAAGUUACAAAAUGUCUGAGCGGUAUGGAUCAUUUAGUUGCCAACUCCAUAUCCAGCCAUGUCCUUCCCCCCUGCUUAGCCCACAUGGUAUGUCCCGGUGUGGGGUCGCUUCAGGCCAAGUUCAGCCUCCCUCAGCUGCCAGGAAAGUGCCAGAGCCAUCUGGUCGUAAAAGAAAAAGAAUGGCUGCAGGGAGUAUAAUUGACUGUAUUUGGGCGGCACAGAUAAAGCGCCGGACAGCUUUACGCUGACCUCCUGGCUGAGAAAGUUCAAUCCCGAAGCCCAACCCUCUGACUGGUUUCUAAAAGUCUAUAUAAAAUACUGUCCCUACUCUUGGUUCAAGGGUAUCUCCUGCUGGUGGCGAUGCAUGGUGAUAUACUAUGUAGACUAAGUGGUGCAGGACAGACUAUCUAUAGAGAGAUACGGAAGCACUGUUAGCAGCUGAAGCACACAUGUCGGAUGCGUACUUCUGGCGCAGAGCACAUACAUGUAGCUACGUACAUCAUUGUCAUAUCUCAUCGUCAAGUUUGCAAGAAAGUGCCCAGAUUCCUGUCCUUCUUCGUAGAAUGGGUUGUGAUUAUGUCAGAUGAGACCUUAAGCUUUGUAAAGCUUGUAAAGUAA